AUGGUUCAAAUGGUUCAAUGGUUUGAGGAUGAUCGUAGAAUUAAGAUCCAAGUCGUCAACGUCCCUUACAAUCGAAAUGCGUCACCCAACCGCCGAAUGGUAAAGAAAAAAAUGCUAUCCCCACCCAUCACUUCAUGGGAUAGUGGAGUAAGUGCUUUGAAAGAUGCCCUUAAAUUAGAAGCCACGGUUACUAAAAAAAUCAGAGACGUCAUUAGAGUAUGCGAAGAUGCAACCAACUACAACGAUUACCAUCUCGUUGAUUACUUAACUGGCGAUUUCCUCGAAGAACAAUACCACGGACAAAGAGAUAUUGCAGGAAAAGUGUCCAAUUUGGAGAAAUUGAUGGCGAGUCAUGGAAAACUUGGAGAAUGGCUGUUCGAUAAGAAGCUCCAAGGUUUAGAUAUUGUUUAAAUAUAGUCUGUAGGACAAGUUUUAAAUUAUAGAAUUUACACCAUUUUUUUUGUAAUAUAGUUGUCAUUCCCAAAAGGAUUUUUUAUGUUCGAUGUUGAAGAUACUUCAGUAAGAGAAAAAUAAAAAUUUUUGUGAA